GUUCUCUCGAUUAUGUCAAACCAAAAAAUGUCAACAAAAACAUAGGAUUACUCAGUAUGUAACAUCAAAAUCGAUGCAAUAAUUUAUUUAUGUGACUUAUAUUGCAUUACAAGUAUAUUUCGGACCUCAUUUACACGGACUACAAGUACUAGGUAACGAAACCCUUUUAAUCCACAAUAUGGCGGCCGGUAUCAAGUACCAUAUUCAGAGGGAGUUAUUCGAUGCGUUAGACGAACGAAUUUUGUCAGUGUGCAAUGUGAAUAAAUUGCUUAAAAAGAAAAAAGCAUCGUAUCUAUGCAUUGUGUCAACCACUAAACCUCGGAUUGUGAUAUCAAUAUGCCAGGUGAAACAGUACGACAAAGGCGUUUGGAAGAAAAAACGAUCUUGGUUGCUAGAGGAUGUGAAGGGGGUGGAUGGCAGAAAUGAAUCACCAGAAACACACGAAUUUGACCUAAACCUGGAGAAGGUUUACCGCUGGUUUGCGGCGAACUUACACGAACGACAAAACUUCAUUACUGUUUUAUGGAAGCAGCUUCAAAAGCAUGUCACGGCUGAAGCUUGUCCUAUUUUUAAAAACGUUCCAAAACUUUGGCUAACAGAGCGAUCACCAGAAAAAGCACUCGAGAAAUUUGCUACGAUGGGAUCUACGCCGAAUGUAGGUGAUGAAGAGGAUGACGAACUGGAUGAAGUGGAAAGUGAAGAUUUUCAGGCUCUAACUGAAAAAGAGGAGACAAAUUUAAAUAAGCUAAUUGGAGAAUGCAAUUAUGCAAUAAGCAAUGCCGAGCAAUUUAUGGAACAGCUAGGAAAAAACCUCCAGGAACUAGAUGGCGCAAACAUUCAAAGCGUUCUAGCGUCCGAAAAACAGGUCGAUGCAUUGAUGGAUCAAAUUGAAUCCGCAAUUUUAGAAGCUGAGAAAGUUGAGAAACGCUUAGAUGACUACGAUGAGAUUCUAUGUCACAUUCGUGAUACGAUGGAAAAAAUGGGAGAAAAGAAUCAGAUGAUCGAAAUAGCCAACACAAACAAUGUAAAACUACUGCACGAAUUGGAGAAGGUGGUGUUCCAGUUAGAUCUUCCUCAUGUCCAUCAGCUGGCUUUGACGGACACAGAUUUGACUCCGAAAGGGCUUCCAGUUGCCAUAGCUGCUGGUAAAGCACUACAAACGGCUAUGAACAGUGACAUCGACCCAGCACUCUUGCGAUUGACAGCCGUUCAGGAUCAACGAAAGCGAUUUGAGAAAUGGAAGGCCAAAUUUUCGCAAACCGUUAGUCGUCAUUUGAACAAUUUAUUCAUACAUUUAGGAAAUUUGGGCGAUUCACAAAGUCCACAUUCGAGCGAUUUAACACUUCCAAAACAUAACUCAUUCCAUAAGGAACUUUCUGCUUAUGCCGAAUUGAUGCACUGGAUGAAGGCGAUGGAUCGAAAAACAUAUGAUGCGUUAAUAAAGGUGUAUACCAGCUCACUAAGCAAGGUUUAUGAUCGAGAUAUUCGAACCUUUUUCGAAAAUGCAAAGCAAUCAAUAUCAAUUAAGCGUUUUGGGUCUCGAGAGGAUCUAAACAACAGUUCGAUGAGUAACAAAUUAAAACUAACGCAACAAAGUAAUAAACCUCCAACGCAACCUUAUGGUAUAUUGGGUAUUAAUCGUGAGCUCUGGGGUGCAGGUGCAGAGCCAGCAGAAAGACAGAAAUUUGAUUCGAUUCUAGAAAAAGUUUUAGCAGAACUCGAACCAGUGGCACUGAGUGAACAACACUUCUGUAUCGCAUUUUUUCAACUGGAUGUUAUAAGUCCGACGGGGAAAAAUACACAGACAACGCUAGAUGUUUCAACCGCCAUGCAGGAUAGAGAACGAGAUGAACGGGACACUGCAUUGGCGAUUCCCCAAAAACGCCUGGACCGACAAAUAAACGAAGACGUACGGAAAAUGAUGGGAGAGUUGUUCAGCAAUUUAGAGCUAGAAUUGAACAGUUUCAUACUCAGCUUCGAGAAGCUCGACAGCUAUUACUCCUUGUAUGUACUAGUUCGUCUAACGCAGCAUGUAAUGUCCGCCCAAGAUGCCAAGUCUUUUCUCAGUAUGACAUUUGCGUCCGCAUUGAUUCACGUAAAACGAAAUUUCGAUAAAUUCAUGAAUCUUCAGCUGCAGUCAAUUCAAGAAGCCAAAGUUCCCAAACGUUCCAAGUGCGGUCUAUUACCGUACGUUGAAAAUUUCGAAGAAUUUGCCGUAACGGCUGAAACCGUGUUCAAGAAAACCGAACGACGGAAUGAUUUGGACCGAUGGUAUCUUAAACUGGUUGAAGCAAUCUUUGAACAUAUUCCGCUACACGCUUUGGAUCAUGCUAAAACGCCACAGCAAGUGGUCAAAAUGGAAAAUUAUCAUCGGAUGCAUUCACUGCUAUCGCAACUGAAAGUUGUAGUGCUGGAGCAACUAAAAAAGGAGGCCAAGGUGAGAUACAACGAUUCGUUGAGGGCUUACGUCACUAAAUAUUUCGGACGACCACUGGAGAAAUUGAACCAAUUUUUCGAAGGUGUACAGCAAAAAGUACAACAAGGGGUGAAGGAAACUGAGAUCAGCUACCAGAUGGCUUAUUCAAAACAGGAGCUCCGUAAAGUUAUAGCCCAGUAUCCCGCUAGAGAAGUGAAGAAAGGUUUAGAGCACCUGUACAAGAAAGUGGAAAAACAUCUCUGCGAGGAAGAAAAUUUGUUGCAAGUAGUUUGGCGUGCGAUGCAAGAAGAGUUUAUCGCUCAAUACAACUCACUCGAACUGUGGAUACAACGCUGCUAUGCUGGAGCUAUGAUCACGCUAGAUUUUACGAUUAAGGAUAUUCUGGACUUUUUCUCUGAGAUCGCGAGAUCACACUAAACUCACUAUGAUUCCUUAUUUGCUAUUGCUUCUACUAAUCGAUUUUUGUAGCAAAGAUAAGCGUUAUCACAGAAAAAUAUCCAAAUAGAUAUCGACCAUACCAGUUAGAAGUUAUAUUUUUUUCUUGCACCUUCACUUUUAACGUUACAUUAUUAACACGUCGCAGAAUUAAGGGCUGGUUCGACGGAUAUAAGUAAGCGAUCAAACAUUAGAAUCCUCUUCCGAUGUGGACGAGUGCAAAUAUUAUCUAUUAUUCAGUUCAGAAAAAAAUGUAUAGAGGUUAUGAACUGUUGAAUAAAGAAAAACUAAAGCACUUA